GAUUCAGCAUUAAGAUUUCCUCAAACAUGUGCAGGCAAUGUUAAGGCUCAUUUUGAUAUAUGUAUUACAACUCAUCAAUUUGUUCCACGUCUUCAAAAGCUGGGGAACAUCCUUAAAAGUCGGAUGCCUAGUACUAAAGCCGGUACCGUGACUGAUGAUGUCGCUAAGGCAGUGAGAGAAGCAAAACGGCUUGUGAAGUUUAAUAAGAAAGACAAAGCUGCAGUAGUGCAUGUUGGGAUUGGGAAGGUGAGUUAUUCGGAGGAGGCGUUACGUGAAAACAUUGGUGCAUUUGUGAAUGCCCUUUUGGCGGCAAAGCCUGCAGGCUUAAAGAAGAGUUCCAAGUAUGCUGGGUAUGUGAACUCUGUCCAUAUAUGUAGCACGAUGGGUCCGGGCUUCUCUGUUUCUAUACAAUCAUUAUCAAUAGCUGCAGAUCACUACAACAGAUUGCAACUAAAUUGAUGUCGAAUGAUUUCACAAUUUUGGCUUUGACGAGUUUAUCAUUCUCUACUUUUGUGCUAAAAAAAGUCUGGAGGCUAAGUCUGCACGGUUCGGCCACUCUCCCAAUGUAAUAAGAUUUAACACUCCACUAGGUAAAUGGCCUACUAAGUUUUAUUUGAGUGCAGAGGUUGAGAGAGAGCAAGGUCUUGAAUGUUCCUUUAAAGAGUCUUUUGAGAAGCUAAAAAUUUCUCAAUAAAUUUCUCCAGUAUGAAAGCCCAUUUAUACAUUAUGUACAAUGUACAAAUGGAGAUAUUUCUAUAUUGAUCCAGUGAAAAAGAAACACUGCAACAAAAAAAAGAAAAAAAAAAAAGAAGGAAAAAAGGGUGGAUGAAAAUAGGCUGUGGAAAGUGGGGUAAUUCUAGGUUCUUCAGGUUCUUGGGCUGUUUCAUGUGUUUUCUUAUUUUAUUUUUUAUUUGUUUCUAUAAAACAUGAAAAUUUUGUUUGUUCCCCAGAGAGUUCGAAAUAGGAAUUGGGUUUUUUUA